GCCGAGGGAGCCACGACGAGUAGCAUUGCUCGUGAAAUAUGCGGCGAACGCCCCACCGUCAGCAUCACUGAGGCCGACAUCUUCUUUAUCCAACGUAAACUGCGUGAAGGCCAAUUCUAUGCCAACACCGAGGCCUUUAUCAAUAACCACAAGCCCAAGAAGAAUUGAACCGGAGCUCCAAGAACCACAGUGUCUGGGCGCAAUGUUGAAGGCAUCUGAGGAAGCAAUCUAACACGGACAGCUGGGCUGGAAUAUCAUUUACUGCCUACCUACUUAUCAUCUACUACUCGAUUGGCUGGCUGGUCGUCCUUCCGCUAGUGGGGGUAUCUGCUUUAACGCAGACCAGGCCUCCGAAUAGCGUGUGUGUGCAUAAACCUCCCUACUUGGACUCCAUCCUGCUAGUGCGGAUCUGCCGACAUCAUCAUGCUUUGCCCAAAAUGGAAAUCAUGUCGCGACGCCAUGCCUACUGCGGCUACGCAAGUGUGGCAUUCGCAAUUGCAGAUUCGGUUCGCAGCUGCGCCUUGUCAAACGGCAUCCAAAGAAUCCUGCGCAGCUGCAAAGAGGAGUCGAGCCUUGCACUCUCGACCAAUGGCCUUGCAAAGCUGGCUAGUUGGCCCUCGUGGCCCUCGUGGCAUUGUAUACUAUUUGGGAAUGGCUCUUGAAGACUUAUACGGCUUGGCUGUGGGACGAAGCCGUCAUGUAUCUCUAGAGGAUGAGAAGAGGUCGAGAGAUAGAUAUAUAAAUUACGGAUGGUCACCCUCUGCCGUCCAAAGUCUUUAUUUACGAAUUCAACUCACCUUAUCUC